GAGCCACCACCGGCUUGGCAGGCGGCGUGGACGGAGGGGACGCGGGGUGGCACCGCCACAAUGAAAGGCGGAACACAUUCCUGCACCCAGUGACGGGACAGGUCCCUGAGGACAACUCAAGACUUGACUUGCAAAAACCGACCUUGGACAUGUCAAGCAAAGCGGGUGGCAAGCGACCGGCGACCAUCACCAGCGAGCCCUCCAACCACACCAUGGUGUCAGAGGUGGCCCCGGAGCGCCCCGGAGGCCGGGCUCCACGCUCCUCCCGCAAGGGCAUUGCCUUCGGGAAGCGCUCCAACUCCAUGAAGAGGAACCCCAACGCCGCCGUCACCAAGAGCGGGUGGCUCUACAAGCAGGCCAGCUCGGGGGUGAAGCAGUGGAACAAGCGCUGGUUCGUGCUGGUGGAUCGCUGCCUCUUCUACUACAAAGACGAGAAGGAGGAGAGCAUCCUGGGCAGCAUCCCCCUCCUCAGCUUCCGCGUGGCGGCCGUGCAGCCCUCCGACAACAUCAGCAGGAAGCACACGUUCAAGGUGACGGUGUGCUGGGUGGAGGAGAUGCCGGCGAGUAACCAGCAGUCCCUGUCUCCCCAGGCGGAGCACGCUGGCAUCCGGACAUACUUCUUCAGCGCCGAGAACACGGAGGAGCAGGAGUCCUGGAUCCAAGCCAUGGGCGAAGCUGCCCGGGUGCAGAUCCCCCCGACCCAGAGGCACGAGAAGCCAGACUCUGAGAACAUCCCCCCCAGCAAACACCACCACCACCACCGCAACGCCGCCCACCGCGAGCACCCCAAAGCCGACCCCGACGCCAAGACCCGGGGGGAAGGCGACGGCCGUGGCUCGGAGAAGAUCGAGAGGAAGCCGGAGAGGACGGAGAGCAAGAAGGAACCCUUGGCCAAAGCCAACGGCAUCGCUGGGCAGGAGAUGCCCUCGGAGCCUGGCAGCCCUUACCCCGAGGCACCCCGGGUACCGGCGAGCGCCGAGCGGCCGCCCCAGCCCAACGGCUGGCCGUACUCCUCACCCAGCCGUCCCGGCAGCACCGCCUACCCCCCCCCGCCCGACGGGGACACCGUGACCCACCGCCGCAGCUUUGCCCCCCGCACCAACCCCGAGAAGAUCGCCCAGCGCAAGAGCUCCAUGACGCAGCUGCAGCAGUGGGUCAACUCGCGCCGGGGGGCCAUGCCCCCCGAGGAGCUGCGGAGCCCCACCAGGUUUUACCCCGUGUCUCGCCGGGUGCCCGACUACUAUUCCCCCUACUCGCCCCCCCAGUACCCCGAGGACUACCAGUACUACCCGCCGGGGGUGCGCCCCGACAGCAUCUGCUCCAUGCCCGCCUACGAGCGGGUCAGCCCCCCCUGGGCUCUGGAGGACAAACGUCUCUCCUUCCGCAACGGGGGCACCUACCAGCUCCGUGACUGGAAGGAACACCCCGGGUUUGGCCGGCAAGACGUCCCGCUCUGGCUCCCCGGUCCCGGGAGGCAACCCACUUAUUUGGACGAGGUGGACGCUGCCUCGGGUUCCCUGCGACGGAUGUCGCUGCAGCCCCGCUCCCGCUCCGUGCCCCGCUCCCCCAGCCAGGGCUCCUACAGCCGGGCACGGGUCUACUCCCCCGUGCGCUCCCCCAGCGCCCGCUUCGAGCGCCUGCCGCCCCGGGGAGAGGAGAUUUACGCCGACCCCACCACCUUCAUGAUGAGGAGAUCCAUCAGUUCUCCCAAGUACGACUAUCUGGGUGACAGACGGCCCGUCCCCGUGGGAAUGUAUCCCUUCCACUACCCAGCGUCCCCCAGCGUCCACGACAAAAUGGAUGAACUUUUAGACCUUCAGUUGCAAAGAAACCUAGAGUAUUUGGACCAGCAGAUGAGCGAGAGCGAGACCCUGAUCAGUAUGGUCAACAGGAUGGUGGAGACCUCCUCCCCUAGGGCUCAGCUCUACAUGCAAGUGACACCCUUCCCGGAGGCCUACAGGGAGACACUGCACGCCUACAAGAUCAGCGAGCAAGACACUGAUAAGCUGCUGGGGAAGCUCUGUGAGCAGAACAAGGUGCUGCAGGAGCAGGAGAGGCUGGUGCAGCAGCUCCGAGCAGAGAAGGAGAGCCUGGAGAGUGCCCUGAUGGGGACGCACCAGGAGCUGGAGAUGUUUGGGAGCCAGCCUGCCUACCCGGAGAAGCUGCUGCACAAGAAGGAAUCUCUCCAGAACCAGCUCAUCAACAUCCGGGUGGAGCUGUCACAAGCCACCACGGCCUUGAUGAAUAGCACCACUGAGUACGAGGGCCUGGAGAGCGAGGUGUCCGCCCUCCACGAUGACCUCUGGGAGCAGCUGAACCUGGACACCCAGAACGAAGUGGUCAACCGGCAGAUCCAGAAGGAGAUCUGGAGGAUCCAGGACGUGAUGGAGGGGCUGAGGAAGAACAACCCGUCCCGUGGCACUGACACUGCCAAGCACAGAGUGGCCAUCGGCCCCUCGGGGACGUACAGCUCCAACAGCCCUGCCAGCCCCCUGAGCUCGGCCAGUCUCACCAGCCCCCUCAGCCCCUUCUCCCUCAUCUCGGGCUCCCAGGGCUCGCCCACCAAGCCAGGACCCGGCGAGUGUCUCCGCUCUCACGCCUCAUGCUCCUCUCCACCCCAGGAACCCGGCCCGCCUCGACCUCCCCUCCCCAAGUCCUACGUGCCCCUGGAGUCUCCUCCGACCGUCCCUCCGCUCCCCGGCGAGAGCCGCCUCUGGCCGUACCCCACCUCCCCUUCCUGGCAGCAAGGCGGCGAGGCGAAGAGGGGACAGCCCAAACCAAGCUUCGAGCAGAGCAAGAAAGAGGUGCAGCGACCGGCCCCCACCGGCCCCCCAGCCGAGGGGCUCCCGCAGGGCCGGCAGGAGCAGGAUGCGGAGAAGCAAGCGGCUCUCAACAAGGUGGGCAUCGUCCCCCCCAGGACCAAGUCUCCGGCAGAGGAGGAGGUGACACCGGCGGCCGGUGUGCUGAGGAGGAGCAUUGCUGGCAUGGCCAACGGGCUCAGCGCCCGGGAGAGACCGAAGAGCGCCGUGUUCACCACCGAGACGAAGGUGAAGAUGAGUGUGGAGGAGCAGAUCGACCGCAUGAAGCGGCACCAGAGCGGGUCCAUGAAGGAGAAGCGGCGCAGCCUGCAGCUCCCCAGCAGCCAGCAGCCCGACCCCCCCGGCACCAAGGCACCCGCCUCCUACAAGGUGGUGCGCCGGCACCGCAGCAUCCACGAGGUGGACAUCUCCGACCUGGAGGCAGCCCUGCGCUCCGACGACCCCGGCAAGGUCUACGAGACCCCCCAGGAGGAGAUCGCCCGCCUGCGCAAGAUGGAGCUGGAGCCCCAGCACUACGACGUGGACAUCAACAAGGAGCUCUCCACGCCAGACAAAGUCCUCAUCCCUGAGCGGUACGUGGAACUGGAGCCCGACACGCCGCUCAGCCCCGAGGAGAUGAAGGAGAAGCAGAAGAAGGUGGAACGGAUCAAGACCCUCAUUGCCAAAUCCAGCCUGCAGAACGUCAUCCCCCUGGGCGAGGGGGAGGUGGAUGCCCCCCAGGACCCCGAGACCCAGCUGCAGGAGCAGGAGAAGAGGAUAGAGAUCUCCUGUGCUCUGGCUGCCGAAGCCUCCCGCCGGGGCCGUAUGCUCUCGGCUCAAUGCGCUACCCCAAGCCCUCCCACCUCCCCAGCCUCCCCGACUCCACCGACCAACCCCCUCUCGUCUGAAACAUCCCGGGCCGCCGACAACAGCCAUUUUAUGCGUGUCUGAGCCAUGAACUCAAGCCCUGGCUGCUGCCGGCAUCAUCAAGUUCCACGGGGCCACGUUUUAGCCCCCACCCCCCAGCCCCGACACGACACUGAACCUCUCGCCAUCGUUUUUGGUUCUCCUGGACCCCCUUCCCUCCCGCCGACGGCGAGACCCCCCGGCACAGCCCAGCGGGGAGAGGCAUCGACCAACACCUCCAGCUGCUCUGCCCCGUCCUGGAGGAGACGUGUGGCUGCUGGGAGGUUGUCCGAUGGAGUGUGGUCCCCCGAGGAGCCCCCGGGCUGCCAGCCUGCACAGGGACAGGUCGGCGGUGUCCUGGGCAUCAGGCCGGGGCAUCUGCAGCAGUGGCCCCCGGGCACAGUGGCCAUCUCCCUGCCAGGGUAGUCCUGGGGGAGUGUUGGAGCCCUCAGGCUGAUGCGUUGGUCUCCCAAAGGUCUGGGAAGGGGCUUUUCUGGGUGGAGACCAUCCCGUCCCCACCAUGGGCGGUGCUUCCACCUUACACUGGACAUGGAUGCUCCAUCUCUGCUUCUCGGGCACCUCUUCCCCUCCUUGUGCCCUGAACCUGCUUUUAGCAUCCCUCUGGCCAGGGGUUGUCACCUGUGGGGCCUGGUCUGUCCAACUGGUGGGGCCUGGUCUGUCCAGCUGGUGGAGCCUGGUCUGUCCAACCGCCCCUCGCGCUGGUGGCUCGGCAGGAGGAAGAAGGAGCUGUGACAAGGACAGGAUGGAUGGAGAUGGGACCAGGGGGAGGACAUGGAGGUGCCCAGGGGAUGGGGUGCUCAGGAUCGGGGUGGCGUGAGGGCUGCUGGGGCACCGGUGCACCGCUGGCACGGAGCAGGAGGGACGGGGACGUGGCACGGGAGCAGAGGAGCGAUGGGGGAAGCUGGGUGUGAGGUGGGACUGCGAAGCCGCGGGCUCGGCAGGGAUCCCCCUGGGGUGGAUGGGGAUGGGGACAAGAAGGAGAAGGUUCCUGGGGCCGGGUGGCAGCAGCGGGGCUCAUCCUCGGCGUGGGGACCUCAACUUGCCCCCCCAUCCUACUGUCACCUCAUCCUGCUGUCACCUCUGUCUGGUCCCCUGUGAAAAUCCAGCGUCUCGCCCCCCAAGACCUUGCCGACAAAACCCUUCAGUCUCUUUGGUUUUCCUGUAGCAAGUUUACCCUUUUCUGUAGCUUUCUGGAGGGGGGGGGGUGAAAAAAAAUAGCUGGUUCUGCCUGGAAAAGUGGACUUUCCCAUGAGGUUGGGGGGUUGGUGGGGCUGGUGUGAUGGGGCAGA